CGCAUAUCAUGAUUCACUCGGACCGGCGGGCCGUGGCGGAGCAUGCGCAUGUUCGCCGACUCGUGACUGCGGUGCAUCUACGAGUGACGCGCUCGCUGCCGGUCUCAAAGUUUGAUGGGAAACUUGAGUGAGCACCUCUGUGUGGCUCAUGCAGCAGAGGCCAGGACUGGGGGCACGAGUUAAUUGCGAGCGAGCCUGUGAGUCGCGAGUCGCGAUCGAGUUGGGGGGGGGAUCCGCCUUCGAUUGCGGAGUUUAGGCAUGUACGCGGGAAGCGUAUCGGCUCAUGCUGCGAAGUGCAUGUAGACGUGAAUGUUUGCGAUCGAGCGCAUGCGCACCCCUUUCGUCUUCCAAUCACCACCCGACGAAGCAUCACGAGAAGCUGAAACGCGACUGGAUCGUCGGAACGCACACAACCAUCUGUCAGUCUUUAGGUGUCGACCGCACCGGGAAGAUACGGGGCCCACGACGGAGCUAGAAUCGUUCACGUUUCUCUUCCCUCUUCAUCAACGCGCGUGCCGGAUUGUUCUGCCGGUCUUGCUGCACUCGCGGGCGAGAGAUCAAGAGUCAAGGACUCGAGCGUCAAAAGAGCUCGUCUCGAUCGACCGACUUGACUGGAAGCCCACUUGGCCCCCGGCAUACUUGGUGCUGUGCAGCAUGGCAUCCACAGGAGACUACAUCUUCUUGUUCUUUGUGCUUGCGGUGGUCGGAGGCAUCUACUGGAUCGUCAAGGGGCAACAAGUCAGCGCUUCGAUUGCUAAGCAGAAGCAAGGUCUCAAGAGCCGUGGCUUGGACUUUUCCGGCGAUGGGCUUUCUGUCAAGACAAACAGGAGACAGCUGUCGCAGCAGGAGUACAUCGAAAAAUCACAAGCCAGUCUAGCCAGGACACAGGAAAGAGCUGCAAAGCACAAGAAGGCCUUUGGAUUCAAACAUGGCGAGGAUGGGGCUCAGCACUGAAGUUGCUAUCAUGCUUUGAAGACUUCCCAUUGAUACUGCCCGCUCGCCCACGCUCACCUCCACGCUCUGCUUGCUUCGACUUGCACCUGCGGUUGCCCCUCUCUCUCGAUCUGCCUUUGCCCCGUCUAUCGGCUGCCCCUAGACGUCAGAUCGAGCGAACCUUCUAGAAUCUGUACCAUACUGUCUGGAUGCCACACUUCUGUUCUUCUCAUGAUAGCACACAUCGAUAGCACGGCAUCCAUGACUGCUCUCUGCCGUAAUCUAGCGUCAGACAUGCCGUAUGCGCGGGCCGACUUUUGCAGCUCUCGCGAUGAUCCACAUCCCAAGCAAUUGUGCAAUCGUC